AUGGUGCCAAGCCACUUGUGGAGGAGAUUGGAGAAGCCACUUCUCCUCCUGAGCUGCACCUCCCUCCUCCUGGGGCUGGCUUUGCUGGGCAUAAAGCCGGAAGUCCUCCCUGUUGCUUAUUUUUUUCUCACUUUGGGUGGCUGCUUCUUUUCUGCUUGCCUCUUGGCCUGUUUUCUGCAAUGGAUGCUCCAGCUCCGACCAGUGCAGACCGAGAGCCCAGGGACCUCAAGCAAUGCACGGGACAAUGAAGCCUUUGAGGUGCCAGCCUAUGAAGAGGCUGUGGUGGUAUUGGAUUCACAGUAUCACCCCCAAGAGCUGAACCAACCACCCCCAUACAGCAGUAUUGUAAUCCCCCCAGGACUUGAGAGACGGUCUAGCCAUCCAGAGAGGCUCAGGAGAGCCAGACAGGAAAGACGAGUGGGCUCAGAGGGUUCUGUGAUCCUGGAAGGAAGCCCUGGAAGAACUCCAGUCAGCCUUCGGCUUCAGGGACCACGGGCUGUAUCCACUGCCCCUGAUCUGCGGAGCUUGGAGGUCCUCCCCAAAUUGGAGCCUCUUACUCCACCCCCAGCCUAUGACGUCUGCUUCGGUCACCCUGAUAGUGAUAGUGUUUUCUAUGAAGACAACUGGACACCUCCCUAA